GCUUGCCACCCAACAAAAAAAAACAAGACGUGCGCGCGCGUGAAAAAUUGUUAAUCGCUCAGAUUGAACAAGAUUCAAGAUUGUAAUUUUUUAUUUUUUUUUUGAACUGAAAACUGAAACGCGAAGAAGGCGUCGGGUGCCUCAUAGUGCAGAGUGCGAAUGAAAAUAUAUUUUUUUCAAUGUGUAGCAUACGGGCGUGUGCGUGAGUGAGUCGGAAAAUAUGGCGGCGAGUGGGUUAUGAUAAUCCAAAAUAAAUCUAAACUACACUUUCUUCACAACAUGAAAAUUCAAUGAAACCACUAAAAAAUAUCUUUUAAUUUGUUAAAAAUUGUCUUUGUCUUUGAUAAUAAGGUUUUUGUAAAUAUAUUUAUAAUUCUUCGUAUUCAAUUUUAAUCAAACAAAAACUAUAAAAAGCUACCAGCAAAAAUUCCAAAGAAGGGAAAUGAAAAAUUGUCAAAAAUACCAAAAUUUGCAAACAUUUGGUCAAAGGGAAAUCGUUGCGACAACAAGAAGAAAAUUUUGUACAAAACGAAUUUGUAAUUGUAAGGAAGAAAAAAGAAAAGGACCGACGCCGACCGCCGCCCGCUCCAAGGAAAACCACUCCAAUGAGAUCCCAUUGAGUGUUAAGUGAGCAAAAGCGGUAGAGACGACAGAGAGAGAGAGAGAGAGGGAGAGACAGAAGAAGAGGAGCGUAAUCAACCCAAGCCAAUAGUCAGAGCGGGAUAGCAUGCGCCAAUGAGAGCGUCCCACCAGCUGAGAGCGUCCGAUUUCGUUGACUACGCUGCCGUCGUGGGAGUGGGAGUGAGAGGAGGAGUGGGACUGGGUCUAGGACUGGAAUUGGGCGAAGGAUCGUAUUACAGCAGCGAUCUAACGGCGUUUGUCGUGGAGCAGGAGCAGCGUCAGCAGCAAAGGGAAGCAGAGGCAGCGGCAGAAGCAGCAGCAGCAGCAGCGGCAGCGGCAGCAGAAGCGGCAGCGACAAUCAAGCGAAAGCGUCAAACAGAUUGCGAUUGCGGCUGCGUGGACUCGUACAACAUCAGCCACGGCCCGACAGCAGUGCCAGCAGCAGCAGCAGCAGCAGCAGCAGCAGCAGCAGCAGCAGCAGCAGGUGCGACACCACACAACAGCCUCAAGACGGCGCACACAAAGGUUGCCACAUCGGGGGGCCAUGCCAAUACGCAGCCCCCCAGCAAGAGGUCGAGCAGCGGUGCCGACGGCGACUAUCAGUUGGUGCAGCACGAGGUCCUGUACUCGCUUUCGGCGGAAUAUGAGGUCCUCGAGUUCUUGGGACGUGGCACCUUCGGUCAGGUGGUCAAAUGCUGGAAGCGUGGCACCUCCGAGAUCGUCGCAAUCAAGAUCCUGAAGAACCAUCCGUCGUACGCGCGCCAGGGACAGAUCGAGGUCUCCAUUCUGUCGCGUCUGAGCCAGGAGAAUGCCGACGAGUUCAACUUUGUGCGUGCCUUCGAGUGCUUCCAGCACAAGAACCACACGUGUCUGGUGUUCGAGAUGCUCGAGCAGAACCUGUACGACUUCCUCAAGCAGAACAAGUUCUCGCCGCUGCCUUUGAAGUACAUAAGACCCAUUUUGGAGCAGGUACUGACGGCCCUGUUGAAGCUCAAGCAAUUGGGUCUGAUUCAUGCCGAUCUGAAGCCCGAGAACAUAAUGCUCGUCGAUCCCGUGCGGCAGCCGUACCGCGUGAAGGUGAUCGACUUCGGCAGCGCCUCGCAUGUGAGCAAAACUGUGUGCAACACGUAUCUGCAGUCGCGCUACUAUCGCGCCCCGGAGAUCAUCCUGGGGCUGCCCUUCUGCGAGGCCAUCGACAUGUGGUCGCUGGGCUGUGUGGUGGCCGAGCUCUUCCUGGGCUGGCCCCUGUACCCCGGCAGCUCGGAGUUCGACCAGAUCAGGUACAUCUCGCAGACGCAGGGGCUGCCCACGGAGCACAUGCUGAACAGCGCCUCGAAGACCUCGAAGUUCUUCUACCGCGACGUGGACUCGACGUACCCGUUCUGGCGCCUCAAGACCACCGAGGAGCACGAGGCGGAGACCAACACGAAGAGCAAGGAGGCGAGGAAGUACAUCUUCAACUGCCUGGACGACAUCGGGCAGGUGAAUGUGCCCACGGACCUGGAGGGCGGGCAGCUGCUGGCCGAGAAGACCGAUCGGCGGGAGUUCAUAGAUCUCCUCAAGCGCAUGCUGACGAUCGACCAGGAGCGACGUCUCACCCCCGCAGAGGCGCUCAACCACUCGUUCACGCGCCUCACGCACCUCGUGGACUAUGUGUAUUGCAACAACGUGAAGGCCUCUGUCCAGAUGAUGGAAGUGUGUCGUCGCGGCGAUUUCCACACCGUCCAACCUGCUUCUACGUUGGUCACCAAUUUCGUGCCCAGCAGCACCGAUAACAUGACAUUUACGAUCAACAACCAGCUGACCAGCCAAGUGCAGCGCCUCGUGCGGGACGGCCGCCCCCUGGCCUACGAGGGUCUCUACCAGAUCUACAAUGGCCGCAGUGUGGCGCGCCAGUAUCCGCAGGCGCGCACCGACAGCUUCCAGCAUCAGCUGGUGUCGAACAUCCUCUGUCCGCCGUCGUACCAGGCGAUGGCCAGUCCCACGAAGCACGUGGUGGUGGGCAGUGCCACCAUGCAGCCGCCGCUGCAGGUGCCGCCGCAGCAGUACGUGAACGUGCCGGUGCCAGUGUCGAUGGUGGAGCCCACCUCGGGCCAGAGGAUGCUGCUGACGAACCGCGUGCAGGCGAGUGGUGUGGCCUGGCCCCAGACCGGGCGACAGAUGGCCCUGGUGCCCUCGUGGCCGCAGCAGGCGCCAGCGCACUCGCUGAUUGUCGACUCGACGCCGCUCUUCAACGUGGAGGAGAUCUAUCCCAAGCAUCAUCUCAAUUUGCCACGCAACGAUCUCAAAAAGGAAUCGCCGGCUCAUCAUUUAGCCAAGGGCAACUCUUAUCGCGUGCCGCGUCAUGAGAAGAAGGAGCACCAGCAGCUGUCGCCAGUGAAGAAGCGCGUGAAGGAGAGCUCGCCGCCGCACCAGCAGCGCUACCAGCGAACGGCCCACGUGUCGCCGCAGUACCACACGCAUCACAACUGCAAUUACGGCGGCAACUACGGCAGUGGCGGCAGCGGCGCGGGCGGCUCGGUGCUGGCCUCAUCCGGUGGGGGAGCCUCGGCGAGCAAUAUUCCCAGCAGCUCGGGGGGAUCGCACCACCAUCAUGGCGCCCCAGUGGCGCAUGUGCAGCAGCCGUAUAGCGCCUCGUCGGGCGGCCAUCAUAUUGUGAGCAAUUGUCAGGCGAAUGGAGGCUACCAGCAGCCGCCGUCGCACGCCCCACAUCCGCAGCAGCAGCAGCACCAGCCGCAGCAGCAGCAACAGCAUCCGCAUCCACAUCCGCAUCCGCAUCCACAGCAGCAGCAGCAGUCGCAUGUGAAGCAACAGCCGACGAUCACCAUCCAUGAUACGCCCUCACCGACGGCAGUGAUCACCAUUUCGGACAGCGAGGACGAGGGCGGGGACAAUGGGGCAACAACAGCAGCGCCAGUGAAGCAGCGGGCGCAUGCCCAGUCCCAGACGAGCAGCAUUCUGAUGCAGCAGCAGCAGCAGCAGCAAUCCUCUGUGCCACUGCAUUGCCAGAGGAGCAGCAACCAGAGCAACGUGCAACAGCAGCAGCAACAGCAGCAGCAGCAGCAGCAGCAAUCGAUCAAUUAUGGUGAACACGAUCCGGAGGACGCACGUCGACGCCAUCACGCAGCAGCCGCGGCAGCCAUUGCCGCAGGGAGCCCCAAGCAUCACCAUCAGCAGCAGCAGCAGCAGCAGCAACAGCAACAGCAGCAGCAACAACAACACCAGCCGCCGCCACAGCAGCAGCAGCCACACUACCAGCCGCAGCCACAGCAGCAGCAACAGCAGCAACAGCAGCAGCAGCAGCAGCAAGUGCAACAGCAGCCGCAGCCGAACAUCAAGUACGAGCCAGGGCAAUCGCAAAAGAAACGCAUCCUAGCGAUGGCCCAAAGCGAGUGCAACUACCAGCCGCAGCAGCAGCUGCAAGUGCAGCAGCCGCAGCCAUCCGCCACUCUGCCGCACAUUCCGCCAAAGCAGGAACCGGCUGAGUUCUAUCCGGAAUACGUCCCACAGCAGCAGCAGCAACAGCAGCAGUUGGACACGAAGCGCUCAUCGUGGGCGCCCACAUCCUCCUCUGCUGCACCGCCGCUGGCGCAUCCGAAGCGAGAGGCGCCCUCGGCUGCGCCCAUUAGCUAUGUGGCACCCGCUGUGGCGCCGCCCCUGGCCCACUCGAAGAGCAGUUCGUCGUCGUCUUCAUCGUCGAUUAGCGCUGCAACUGCAGCGGCCGCAGCUGCAGCUGCCGCGGCGGCAGCCGCUGUAGGACCGCCCUCCUGGGGGGCACCUCAGGUCUACCGCCAGCCAUCGCAGCCGCCGCCAGGCAGUGUGGCCUCCCAGCCGCCGGCUGCGCCGCAUCACCACCACAGCAGCCACAGCCAUCAUCAUCAUCAGGCUGGGACACCGCUGGGCGGCUCGCCCUCGUCCACGGCAGCGGCGGCCAUGCUGCAGACGGACAUCUAUGCGCAGGGCGACAUCUAUCGCCGUCCCACGGUGUUUGUGUCGCAGGCGGCGCCCAGCUACGCGUACGCCAACAGAGCAGUGGUGGCCCCACCACCGGCGCACAACAGCAGCAGCCGUCAGGUGAUACCGUCGCAUCCGUUGCCGGCCCACAUCCAGAUACCCACGCAGUACAGCCAAUUCGGACCACUCAGUCCUGCCCAGGUAGCUGCCGCCGGCAAGCAUGCGGCGCACUUUGCGCCCACCAACAUAUGGUAUGGGGCUGAGUAGGGAGCCACGAAAGUGGGUGACAUGAACGAACAGAGGGUUAGGCGAGACGAGACGACACGAGAACGAGAGAGAAAGAGGGAGAUGUGACACCACCAGCACACAGCGACACACCACCAUCACGAUCUGAGCUCAAGAAAACUCAUUUGAAUGAUUCAGCGCUCGAAUCGUUUGUGGCCUCGGUUGAGGAAGGAGUGGAUGACCCAAGCCAAGAGCUACAGCAACAGCAACACCAACAGGAGCAGCAGCAGCAGCUACAGUUGACACAGUGCUGGUGGUUUAUGCUACUGAUGCAGCAGACGAUAAUACAACACAACAGCAGUAUGCUGCAGGCGGGUAGCGAGGAGUCCAUCACAU